CCGCCACCUUCCUUUCGGUCCAUUGUUACACACCAAAAUAUUUCCUCAAGUGAAAAGUUAAUAUAACCAGGUUAAUAGUGAAAAUGAAGUGAACCAUACAAACAAAAAUUAGCUUUCAGAACAAAUGACUUCGUGAAGCUACAUUAUUGCUACUAUCCAUCCAGCCAGACAGGUAGCCACAGCCUCUCGGUCCCAAACCCCAGUCGAAGGGGGUGCUGACGGUAGAGGAGCUAAAUCUCCGAUCGAUGUUGCAAAUUCAAUGGAAGAACACGUCAACCAUGUUGGCAAACCACAGCAAUGUAAAUACAAGGUUGGAACCUUAAGAGGCAAUAAAAAGAAAAAGGCAUCUGGUUUAAGAGAGUCUUUUCUUGAUGAUGGUAACCUGUUGCUCCUGUAAAGAUGGUUUAUGAAGAAAAGCAAGAAUCAGUUAAAGAAAAUGGAUUUAAGAAGAAAAGAAAGAAACACAAAACUGAUGAAAGCAAAGUAAAACACAAAAAGCGUAAGACCAGCAGUUGUGGUGAUGAGGAGGAGGAAAUGGUUCACCAUGAAAUUAAAAAAAAGAAAAAGAAGGCAAAACACAGAGAUCAAAUAAUUCCAGAAAAUGAAGAUGGGGAUCCAAAUUUGCUUAAUGACAGUGAACACGAUACAAGAAAAAGAAAAACCAUUAAGCUGGAGGAGAGUAAGGAGAUACCAAUAGGAUCUAGGGAUAAGCAAGAAACUGAGAAGUUGAAAAAGAACAAGCAAAAAACAUGCAAAACAACUAGCCAAGAGAAAACACUUUCACCACAGUCGCCUGAAGAAUAUAGAGAAGUAGUAAAGGUUAAAUCAAAAAGAAAAAAAAAGAAAGAGUCUGAAGCAAGUGAAGAGUUGUACUGCACUGAACAAAAAAGAGAAGAUAUUGGAGAGCACUUCAGUGUGGAAGAGAAUAAAGCAGAUGCGAAAAAGAAAAAAAAGUCAAAAAAACAGAACUUGCAGGGUGAGGGAGAGACAAAAAAAAUUAUACCUGAACCACAGGAGCAGAGUGUGGAAUAUAUGAAAAAAGUGGAGAGUUUGGAUAAAAAGUCCCAUCAUAAGAAGAAAAGAAAAACUGCUGAUAAUGAUGUGGGGUUAAAAUCAGAAGAGGAGGUAGAAGAAGAAAAAGAACAUAAGGUGAAAAAGAAAAAAAAACGUAGCAAAAAGAAGCUAGAAUUACACAUUAAUAAUAAUGAGACAAAGACCCCUGAUAAACUAACUCAAAAGAAGGGAAAAAGGAAAUCCGGAAAACAGAAAGUUAAAGUUAAAGUUGAAGAGGACUUAGAAAAUUAUAAAGAUCCAGAUGAGCUCAUAAUAAUUUCGGUGAAGCCUGGUAAUACUGAUGAGGUGAUCAUCAACAAGGAACGUCGAAAGGCACUGCAAGAAGAAAUCGACCGUGAAUCUUGCCCUGUUUUGGAAGAGACGGAGUCACAGCCAGAUCUUGGCCAGUGGGAAACAGCAUCAUUUAAGAAUACAGAACAAAGGAACAAGUUUGUGAGGCUAAUGGGUGGAUUUAAAAAAGAAAAUAGUCAACCCGGGAACCAAAGACAACCCAGCACAAGUCACUCCAAAACCGCCUUAAAUCAAGAACAUGAGGAAAAGUUGAAUCUUAAUCUGCAGAGUCAAUUUGAAAAAGCACAUAACCGCUGGAUGCAGCCUCAGCAAAGGGGAGCAGGACUUGGCUUCCAGACAGCCCCAAAUAAGAAGUUUCACAUUGACCGCGAAGUCUCCAGAUCAAUUAAAUUUGAAGACUGAAUUUCAGAACGAUGGAGUUGCAGGCAGAGGUGGGGGACAUUUCAGUUUAGAAAUGUUUGAUACUCUGCAUUUAGAUGUUUGUUUGACUGCUUGUAUAAACAUCAUGAGCUUCUAUGAAGAGACGUUAAAGAACAAUUUCUUUAGCCUCAACCGAUGUUAAGGAUAAUCUAGUUGUACUCGCUCUAAAUUUUAACCAUUGAUUUUUUUUGACCCAGGAUACCUCAUAUAAGCUGCUGUUUGUCAUUGACAGAGCAUCUGUAUAUUCCUGAAUCAGGAAUUUAUUUCCUGGCGCAGAAAGUUUAGUUUUUAAUAGAUUGUUGUCCUAGUGACAGAAUUCUAUGCCAUCCAUUCUAUCAUGAUUUGCACAAUUCGCUGCAGAAAAUGGAAUCAGGGAAAAGCUGAGUGAAUGGAUAAUAACGUUUGAUUUCAGUCAGUUAUCAUUAGUUUACAAAGUGUGAUUUAUAUUUACAAGGUGUAAUCAAAAAGGUUUGAGCCUGAAUAGACAAAACACUGGUAAAACCAAACCAGAUUCAUUGUUCCACAUGAUGCCCGUGAACAGUAACAUUGUUGUGACAUUCACAAAGCUUUUCUGUGCCACUCAAAUAAAGCUUCUCUUGCUAUUGAAAACUCCCAUCUAUAGUUGAAUUGACAUCCUUUUCAUUGGCUUUGCAUGUCCCAUGGAAGAAGCCCUAUAGGUUGGCCCCACGUCUAGAGAAGCAGGGUGGAUGUGGCAUCUCAGGUAGUUUGCGAGCCCGGAGGUAUUGUUGUGAAGGUGACACUGCUCAGUGCUUUUGCUCAAUUAAUUGCCACAAAUGUUAAAGCAACUUGGGACUUCUGAGGAAUUUCGGGACUACACCUCUAGCACCACAUGAUCCUGUUCUUACUGGCUUGGACUUUGAAUUUUCUUGGAGUUGAAAAUUAUUGUGAUUGUUAAUUGAACUCUGGCUUGUCAUGAUGUUUCCAGGUUUCAUCCUUUAGUGCAUUUUAGAUGGUUCCCAAAUUCAUUACCUUAAGAUUUUCCUUGGAAUGUUGGAUGCAGUGAUUCGUCAUUUCUGGAGUCAACAGUGUUGAACCAUUGUGCACAGACCUUGCUUGUAUUUAAUUGUCCAUGCUAAUUUGGGUUCAGUUGUUCCAUAACUAAUCUUCAUAGCGUCUGUUCCAGUCUCACUCUUUUCCUCCUUUGUUACAAAUUGCUCUACAUGACAACAUUUUCUCCCGUCAUCGAUGUUGCUUUUGGGAUAGGUUUUGACUUGGAAAAAGAGAUGAGUGGAUGGUGGACACGGUUUUUCCCAACACUUGGGUCAUCCUUAAGAGAUGCCCAGCCUUGAUGGAAUUCUGUAGUAUAUGAAUGGAAGUGGUCAGUAGACACAAACUAGGUGAGAAGGAAUCUCUAAUGCUCGAAAUGUAAUGACUGUAUCAUACUUUUUUCACAUCCAUUUAGUCUUGGUACUAAAACCCAAUAAAAACAUAAAUGCUAGAAACUUGUAAUUCUCAUGUGUUAAUACACAGGAAUUAAUCAUUGGCUACCUACAAAAUCAUGAAUGCAGUAGACUUUUUAGCCAUCACUAUGGGCUCCAAUGAGAUUUAAUAUGCGGGCCAGUCAAUGGCAUCAAUGCCUUUGUCAUCUAGGACUUGCCUACACACUCUGGCUACAUGAGGCCGGGCAUUGUCCUUCACCAGAAGGAACCCAGGGCCCAGUGCACCAGCAUAAGGUCUCACAAUGGCUCAGAGAAUUUCAUCCCAGUACUGUUGUCUAGCACGUACACCUCCACAGACCCACCGCCAAACUGGUCAUGCUGGAUGAUGUUACAGGCUGCAUAAUGUUCAUCAUGGCAUCUCCACACUCUUUCACGUCUGUUGCAUUAUACUCGGUGUGAACCUGCUCUCAUUUGUGAAGAGAAUAAGGUGCUAAUGGCAGAGCUGUCAGUUGUGGUAUUUUUUGGUGAAGGCCAAUCAAGCUGCACUGCACGGUGAUGGGCUGUGAGCAUAGCUCCCACUAGGGGACAUUGGGCCCUCAUGCCACCCUUAUGGGGUCUGUUUCUGACAGUUUGAUCAGAAACAUUCACACCAGUAGUAAGCUGGAGGUCAUUUUGUGGGGCUUUGGCAGUUCCCCCACCUGUUCCUCCUCUGUCCCAGAAGGAAGUUUGCCUUUUUAUGUUUUUCUUCACACUAGGCAGGCUCUAAAUAGUAAUACGCUGUAGCUUUACAGGGUUAAGGUGCACACUGCCACGUGACAGUCGAGGAAAGAAGAAAAUGAUGAAAAACUUUAGAACUUUCAAAAUCUAGUCGGAGCGGAGAAGCCGGCAUCUCAUUCUCUCCUCAGGAAACGUGACAGUUUUAAAAUGUGCGUGAUUAGCACUUUUCACAAAAUUUGCAAGUGACGCAUUGACAGGUGUACCUACUUCCUUUGAGCUGGCUGGCAAUGCAUCGCUUUUAUUGCACCUCUCUCCCUUCCCAAAAUUGAUUUUUGUAAAGAAAAAAAUAUUGUUGAAGAGCCAUACAAAACAAAAGAAACAGAAGUGGACAAAGGCUUUAAAUUUUUCAUGAAAGUAAUUGUUUUUAAUUGCCAACAUAAGUUUGUUAACUUCCUUAUGUUAGUAUGGUGACAGUUUCAACUAAGCCAUUUUAUUUAUAUUUAACGUUAGCUCACACUGUUUCAACAAAUGUAUAUAUUGUAAUACUAGCUGUGCCACCCGUCUAAAAGGGGCAAAAUCUAAGUAAUCUAUGUGGACCUCAGCGUUAAUGUUUUGUUUGCACCAUGGAAUGCAUGUGUGUCUGUUUUAUGGUAUUUGGUAUGGGAUUUUUGCUAAUGUUUGUGAUGUGCCAGCAAUUGGAAUGACUAAUGCAAUGCGUUUUAUCUCUAAAAAAGUUUGUGAUAUGCCAUGCUUUGGAAUGAGAGGCACAUCAAGCGGACGGACACACAGACACUAAAUCUGGAUUUGUCGUAUGGCGCAGCUGGGGCGGCGCAUUUGUACUACCCAAGUGGGGAUGUAAACGUAGAUGCCCCCAUGAAAGUAGGUGUCUGGCUGGUGUUCAAGCAACAAAAGUUAAUUAAUAGUUCUAUAGUGUGGAUUGAAGAAGAAACAGAAGAGUGAAAGAGGCACACGUACCUUGUCAUGUGUAAGAAAGAUGGUUAUGCUCUUGGUAAUGAUAGACAUUACUAUUUCUGCUUGGAAGCUGCAAUUUAAAAAAAACAAAAAACAACACUGCACAAAACAACCAUUGAGCGUAAUGUACAAACAGCAGUUGUUCUGGUAAUGUUAACUUAAAUUUACCUCGACUACUUCAAUUUCCCUUGGGAUCAAUAAAGUAUCUAUCUAUUCAUAACUUCUCAAUAUUCAGUAUUUUGGAUUGAGGUGAUUCAUUUAAAGCAUAUUCUUCUAAUAAACCAAUUAAAUCAAUAAAGAAGUGUUUCUCAAGCAUUAAGCCAUGAAAAAUAAUAGAGUAGCACACUUGGAUCUGAAGCUGAGAGGCAUAAGCUCCUCAGGUGGUCGAGACCUGUCUCGGGACUGUACAGAACUGUGUCAUUGCGCACACCGAUUAUGGUGAGCAUGCGCAUAACAGAGGAACUAACUUCCAAAGUGGUGACCAGGAACUUAAAGAAGUAUUUUCCACUAUGGAGCCUGCUUUUUAGGAACAACUUGCAAGGCAAAGUAUAGUGUUUUAUUUCAAUCCGCCUCAUUUUGGAGGGGUAUGGGAACAAGCGAUUAGAUCAGCGAAGAUCUCCCACUAUAUCUUCCUGUUCUCCAAACAGUGCUGGUCGAAGUGGAGGGAAUUGGCAAUGCCAAACGUCUUGGAUACAUUUCUUCUGAUGCAGCUGAUCCAGAUCCAGUUACUCCAGAUCUUUUGCUCAUUGGGUUGUCAGGACGAUUCCAUACCACAAGCCUUCUAUGGAGCUUUUGAUUUGUUAGGAUGUCGUUGUUGAAAACAGUUUUGGGUCCAUGUACUUUUUGGUAUUUGAAAUUU